UCGUACAUGACGGUGGUCGGCCUGCUAGCAGCGGUUUCUUAUUAUCAGCAAGUCUGUAAUCUUUCCCGGACACUGAAAGGACUAGGACUCAUCUAAAGAGAAGACUGAAUUGAUUGGAUUAUUUUACACUAGACAUAUCAGAAGAGUCAUUCUUGGUGGAAACAACAGACGUGAGCAUCUAUAAAGACAUUCAUCUUCCCUUUCUCAAACACUGAGACUGCUGAACAACCACAGCGAGGCAUCCAUCUAUUUCGAGCUUUAUCAUUGAAGGAGACAGCUUACAUUUUGUCAACCGGCAUAAUAGAGAGUCAGUUUUCAACAUCCGUCUGUGGAAUAUACUGAAGAGAGUGAACAAGAAUCAAUCUGUCUGCAAACAGCGUUGUGUCCACAUCUUGGCCCAGUCAGGAAGAUACAAUAGAAAAAAAAAAAAUUUAAACUGUCUUUUUCUCACUGAGGUUUUAACAUACCUCUUUCGGCUCUUCAACAUCCCCAGCAAUAAGAAAGCAUCACCAGUCUGACUCUAUUCCAGAUCGUUCCAUCAGGAUCGUUGAUCACAGAAACAUAUAUCACGGUGAAGCUUCUGCUGAAGUCUGGAGGUCUCUGAGGCUUGAUGACUGUCGGUCCACCAAGUAGUUCUGACCACUAAUCGCACAUCCUAACAGCAGAAGAGACCGUGUUCGCAGGUGAAGAGGCAGAGCGAUCAAGAGUCUGUUGAGCAUCAUCACAAAACAGCCAAUUCUUUACCCAUCAGUUAACAGAGACAAACACACACCUGUUGGAUCUUCAACAGACACAUGUUGAUUCACAACUAUUAAAGGCUCUUUUGACUAGUCAUGGCUGACUGGACUCUGCUGGGGAACUUUCUAGAAGAAGUCCAGGAACAUUCCACUUCGGUGGGAAAGGUGUGGCUUACGAUUCUUUUCAUCUUCCGGAUCCUGGUCCUGGGCACGGCUGCCGAGUCCUCGUGGGGCGACGAGCAGGAAGACUUCACCUGCGACACGGAGCAGCCCGGUUGUGAGAACGUUUGUUAUGACCGAGCCUUUCCCAUUGCGCAUAUCCGCUUCUGGGUGCUCCAGAUUGUGUUCGUGUCCACACCUUCUCUCAUCUACAUGGCACACGUGAUGCAUAGUGUCCGCAGAGAGGAGAAGAGGAGGAAAGAGCAGGAAGGAGGAGCACAAACAGACAGAGAUGGAGAAAUGUACCCAGAGGGAGACGAGCACUGUGGGAAGCAGGAUGAAGGCGGAGGUGGGAAGUUGCAAUUGAAGGGUGCUUUGCUACAAACAUACGUAAUAAGCAUCCUCAUCCGCUCUGUAAUGGAAGUGAUCUUCAUUAUAGUCCAGUACCUGAUCUAUGGAGUCUUCCUCAAUGCGCUCUACGUGUGUAAGGCCUCACCGUGUCCACAUCUGGUCAACUGCUACAUCUCGAGACCUACGGAGAAGAAUGUGUUUAUUGUGUUUAUGUUAGUGGUAGCAGCUGUGUCGCUGUUGCUCAACGUCGUGGAACUGUAUCAUUUGGCGUGGAAGCAGUUUAAGGGUAGUUUGCAAAGAUAUAAGGCUUCCAAACAGCGACUGAAUACACCAUCCACCGUGGCUGCACUCUCACCAAACCGAGCCCGCACUCCACCUCCUGACUUCAAUCAGUUCCUGACAUCACCACCGUCUUCCCCUACCAUACACCCAUCCUGCCCACCCUUUCAUGACCGACUGGUGCACCAACAAAACUCUGCGAACAUGGUCACCGAAUGCCAUCGAGGUCAAGACUUCCUAGGGGUCAACUUCUUGAGCUUCUCGCAUACACCUACAGAUAUUUCCAACUCAUGUACCUCACCGCCUUUUCUUAGCAUUGAAUCUGUUGGGGACAAGAGAAGGUUUAGCAAGAGCAGCGGGACCAGCAGCCGCAUGAGACCGGACGACCUUGCAGUAUAGCACUGACCAAUCACAUCUGAAAAAGGGUCCCUAGCCAUAAAACUUUUACAAGAUUUUGCACUUGACCCAACAUUUAUUUCAUUCCUUUCUGAUUGACUAAGCCAGAAUAUUGGUUCACGUGUUUGCACAAAUGAUGUGAGUGAUGCAUAAAGAGUCAUUCAGCUUUGAAAAAGUCAACAUGAAAUUAAAAUGGAAUUUCUUUUAUACUUGUUCCUGGUCCUACAAUGAACACUUAAAUGGUGCAUGUUAUUCUAAAGAAAUCUUCAUAAUUUUUCAUCAGAAUUUAUAAACUUCCUCCAUCUCCGAAAUACCUUUCGUCACUUUGCAUUUUGACUAAUGCAUUGGAAACUGACUGCAUUGUCAAAAAUCGAGCAAACCUUUUGAGCCCUGAGAGAGAAAAAACAACAAGGUGAAAGGGUGAUCUGGGGUGAAGAGAUCUUCAAAUGUGAUUAGCUAUGUUUACAAUGCCUGAAAUUGUUACAAGAAAAAAGGAAUGUAAAACAUUUUUUUUACUUUUGCGUUAAUUUUUGUAUUCCUAUAAUUGUAAAAACAGAUGUUUGUUCUUUAAGCUGGGUUAUGUAUUUUUUUGAGAGAUGACAGAAAGAUAGAUAUAGCAGAUAAAAACAAAAGAGGAAAUCAUCUUGAGGAAAAAAAAAAAGGCUUACGAUAAGGCAAGAAGUAGAACGUGUAAACAUUGGAUCAGCUUUGAGAGAACUCAAGGAGCGGAAGGCCUGCGAUCGGAUCCCAAGGUUGCUUUGUUUCUUCUCGAUAGGUGAGUAUUGUUGGUUUUGCUUUGUUUCACAGAAUUAAUAUAUGCUGGCUUUUGCUUGAUUAUGCUUGUGUGUCAUAAUCGUUGCUUGGGUUGUGUACAUAUGUGUGGGCCGGAGCUAUCAAAGUUGGGGCAAGACCGUUUUGGGGUUGGGGCGUGUUUGUUUUGGUGAUUUGAAAUAUCCACACUGGCUACCAGAAAACUUAUUUCUUAGUUAACAUAUACUGCAGUGAAGAUCUGACCACAAAUGUCAGCAUACAGUGACUUUAGUAGAACAAACUUGGGUCAGUUCUUUUUACAUGUAACAGUUUUGUAGUAAUAGCAAAUCCAUCAGAACAAGACAUCCACACACAAAACCCUACCCAACCACAUUACAUCUAACAAAUCAUGUCACCGCUACCACUAGAUGGCGCAAUCACCCUCCACUUGAACACCAUGAUAGUCAGUAGAGAAAACUUGCACUCAUCAGAAUGUUCAGUGUAAGCUAAUAGCUCAUGUGUUGUUGUCAUGACACUGAAGUGCCUUGCAUUUUGUGCUUGUGGAUAAAUAGGGACCAAAUAAGUGAACCAGUCUCCUUGCAGCAGCUGCUAAAUCUCAGCUAACCUCAGCUAAAAUUAGCCCUGCUACGGAGAGGACUCUCCUCCAGAAGUAAGAGCAACAUGUGCUGGAUCAUUAUUGCACCACAGCAAACACAGACUACAUUUUGAAAGAUCUUGCUAAAAGAAACAGGAUGGAGUAGGACUGGUCUGCUUCCACGCAAGUCAAGCCAUGGUCAGCCGAGCAUGAAUUCUCCACGUAUACAAAUGAGCAACUAAUUAGCAUCAAAUAUAUUUUACAUGAAUGAAUAAAUCCAAAGUAAUCAUAUAUUUGGGAUUUACCUGAUGGUUUUAUGCAAAGGUAAAAUGCAUAAUCUUGUGGAAUUGACAUUACAACAUUCUAGCACCAAAUUAUAUCUUUAAACACUUGCUGCACCACCCCUAAACUGGAUUAAAUGUUACACCCCCAACUCAAUCCUAAAGGAAAUAUCAUCAAAUGCAAAUAAUAACAGAUCCCAAAUUGUCUUGAUGGCUUUGUGCAACUGGCAUGCAAUAAAAUAACUACCACUAGGGGGUAGAAGAAGACCAUUAAUAGCCAUGAGAUACACACAAAGGCAUUGAGACUCUUUAUACCAAACAAUAUAUUUUAUUUGUAGUCCAACACCACAGCCCAGCCUUUGGAAGUGGUUCAGUACCAAAUUCAAUGGAGUUACACAUGACAAGCAUCAACACAGGAGGGGCAGGGACAAAAGGGACAACCUAUAAGCUUUUUUCUUUUUUAAUAGUCAUUUGUUUUCUACAAAAUAAAAAAAAAAGAAAGAAAGCCCACCCUCCAGUAGCUCAGAUGUUGUCAGCACUGCACUUUACAGCUGUACACAGCCAAGCAAUUAAAAAAAAAUCUUUUCAAUGUAUUCCGCAGUGGUGGCAAACGGCUACAGCCUGACUGCAGUCCCGGAUAUACAGACAGAAGCCUGAGCGUCACUGCAGAACUGAGUGCUGGUUCAUGGGGUUCAAAAAUACCCCUCCAGAGUCACCCUCACCUGUACCCAGACCAGCUUACAGAGUUUCUAAAACAGGAACAGGAGAUCACACUGCAUACAUCCGAUUACUGCUCCUA